GAAACAUUCGCAUAUCAGUGAUGAAGUGGACGAGCUGGAAUGUGGCGGCGGUGAUGGCGGCCAUCUUGCUGACCCGGGCGGCGUCGGCGCCAGCCAGACCUUCCUCCCUGGCCAGAGUGUUAGCGCCAGUCGUCAGACACAGGCUGGAGGAGGGACGCCUCACCCCGGCGCUGGUGGAGGAGCUGGUGGCCGACUUCGAAGACCCGGAGCUGAUGGACUUCCACGACGCCGCCGGCAAGCGCGAGUUCGACGAGUACGGCCACAUGAGGUUCGGGAAGCGCGGCGGCGACUACGACGACUACGGCCACCUCCGCUUCGGCAGAAGCCUCCGUGGAGGCCAGCACGACCCCUCCAUUCUCCACUAAACAGCCUCCAUAACCGCAGGUUAACCUUAAUCGUCGGACGACUCCAUAAUCCGGGAUGAAUCAGGGAGUGUUACUGUUUUAUAUGCAAAUUACAGGUUGCCAUUUGUAUGUGGAAGAUAACGGUCCGCAAGACACUCUUGGCACAUGACGGGUCUCAACAUCUAAGACGAGGGACUGAGUCAAGCGCCAGCCAGCCGCCGCUUCCUUAUUAUUUCCGGUGCUCGCAACGGUACUUAAGUCAAGACGUGUCACGACGCUUCAUGACGUGUCACGACGCUCAAAGACGUGUCACGACGCUUCAUGACGUGUCACGACGCUUCAUGACGCGUCACGACGCUUCAUGACGCGUCACGACGCUUCAAGACGUGCCACGACGCUUCAUGACGUGUCACGACGCUCAAAGACGUGUCACGACGCUUCAUGACGCGUCACGACGCUUCAUGACGUGUCACGACGCUUCAUGACGUGUCACGACGCUUCAUGACGUGUCACGACGCUUCAUCACGUGUCACGACGCUCAAAGACGUGUCACGACGCUUCAUGACGUGUCACGACGCUUCAUGACGCGUCACGACGCUUCAUGACGCGUCACGACGCUUCAAGACGUGCCACGACGCUUCAUGACGUGUCACGACGCUUCAUGACGCGUCACGACGCUUCAUGACGUGUCACGACGCUUCAUGACGUGUCUCGACGCUUCAUGACGUGCCACGACGCUUCAUGACGUGUCACGACGCUUCAUGACGUGUGACGCUUCAUGACGCGUCACGACGCUUCAUGACGUGUCACGACGCUUCAUGACGUGCCACGACGCUUCAUGACGUGUCACGACGCUUCAUGACGUGUCACGACGCUUCAUGACGUGCCACGACGCUUCAUGACGUGUCACGACGCUUCAUGACGUGUCACGACGCUUCAAGACGUGCCACGACGCUUCAUGACGUGUCAUGACGCUUCAUGACGUGUUACGACAUGUCAAUAACAUGUCGUAACACGUGUCCAUUAAACAAGCUACAAACACGUCAAGGCUUGGGAUCUGACAGUUGACAUGUCAUUCCAUGUACCUGGGCUCUAGGAGACUCGAACACUGGACUCCAAAAGUCCAGUGUUCCACCGAGUCUAUUUCUGGGUUCGAGUCUCCUAGAGCACAUGGGAGUCGAAUGUUUAUUUCCAGGGAAGUGUGAUGACAAUAUAUAUGACAUGUGUCAUAUUCCCAGGAAGGCCGGGUGUGGCAUCAGUACUGUGUAUCGUGUAUCUUACAGUGACUGUGUAUCGUGUAUCUUACAGUGACUGUGUAUCGUGUAUCUUACAGUGACUGUGUAUCGUGUAUCUUACAGUGGCUGGCAUAUAAAGUGUGUAACCUGUC